AUGAUUAAUCCAACUACAACUCUUGGAGAAAAACCUUCUAAAGAUAAUGCUGCCAGUUUUUUCAGAGCUGAUUCAUCUUUAGAUGAUGAUCAUUUGCAUAACUAUAUUGGUGAUGAUUUUUUUGUCGAAAUUGUUGCUCCAGUCGUGCCUCCUUCUUUACUAGGCGAUGGAAGUGAAUUUGAUCAAGAAAAGGAAUUUUUGACUUUGACUAGGAAAGAUUACAUGUCUUUGAAUCGAAAGCUAAAUAUGUUGGUCCAACAUGGUGAAUAUUUUUCUUCUUCUACCUUCACCAAAAUGAUCUUUGGUCAUGAAGCCAUAGUUAAACAACUUCUUUACAAAAAUGCCAAGUUGAUUAGGAAAAUGAGAAGUUAG